GUAAACAGCGGUGCGUGGGACUAGUGAUGAAUACUUAAUACUUAACAUAGUAUUGAAUUAUAAUUAAUUGCUUGUGCACCGUGAAUUUUAUGAAUAUGGGUAUUACAGUCAAAUAAAUGAAUUGUUAAGUUGACAGAUACACUAAAGCAUGCAGCAGCCCAACAACAAUAGUGAUGCUGUCAAACGCUGCAUGACAGUACCAAUAGCCCCAGCAUCAAGUCAACUCCGGUUUCAGCCCCAUCCACCAUUUGCAGCUGGACAUACAAACAAACAAAGGCCAAGGCCAUAUUCAGCCCCGCUAGCCAGAAAGAGCUACACUGUACCCUGGCAUGCCCCAGCCUAUGAGGAGCCCAGAAACCCAUCCAGAUAUUACAACGUGUCUCUUCUCAACCACACGCCUUUGGAGACAUCCGUCAGCAGACAUGCUCCAUACGCAGCUAGAAAGAUGGAAUCCUUUAUCAACUCAGCUCUGGGCUAUCCCCGUGUGGAGGGUGGAAAAGUUGUCCCGAUACCUUCGUACGAUCCACUUAACGACCCACACCUGGUGGAGUAUUUUGAAAGAAGAUUUGGCUCAAUCCAGACAGAAUCAUUAAGACGACAGAAACUCUUCAAUGCCUGGAGUAGCAGCUCCAGCAGUCCAUCAACUUUUGGUCUUUUACCCAAGAGGAGAAAACUGGACAAGGGGAGCGACAUUUUGUAUAAAGUAGCCGUGACAACAGGAAAUGUAAAGAACGCAAGCACAGAUGCCAAGGUUUUCAUCAAGUUAAAAGGACUGCGAGGGAAACUUCCGAAGACACGUCUGACCAAAAAAGCUGGCUCAGUCAAGUCUGGCAAGAAAGUUCCGUUUCGCUUCACCAAAGGGUCAACACACAUCUUCAAAGUUUGGGGUCCAAACAUCGGAGAAAUCAAGUCACUGCUUGUUGAGACUUCUGCUAUAAAGAUGGAGGAGGCCUGGUUCCUGGAGCAGAUUGAAGUGGUGAACACCAAGAGCAAAAAGUCCUACCUCUUUCUGUGUAACCAGUGGCUCUCCCUCUACCACGCCGAUGGUCAGGUGUCCAGGGAACUGUUUGCACUCAGGGCUUCUAAAACUGAAUACGAAGUUGUCACGGUGACGGGCAACAAAGCGAAUGCUGGCACCAGCGCUAAUGUUUUUAUGACGUUGUACGGCAAGACGGGCGUGACAGAGAAGAUCCACCUGAAGAACAACAGCAAGUCCCUGUUCACCAGCGGGGCGACGGACAUGUUCACCUUCAAGUCCAGCUGUGUGGGGCCCAUGAAGAAGCUGCGCAUAGAGCACGACAACCAGGGCAGCUUUCCUGGCUGGUUCCUGGAGCGGGUUGUAGUGACUGACCUCAAACACCCGGAGUGGAAAUAUUUUUUCCCCUGUGGUCAGUGGUUGGCUAAAGAUGAAGGGGACCAUGAGAUCUCACGUGAUUUGAUCGGCAACCGUGAUCCCCUGGCCAUUAAAAAGCCGUGCCAGUAUAAAGUGACGGUCUACACAGGUGAUAAGCUUGGAGCAGGGACAGACGCCAAUGUUACCCUCACAAUGUUUGGAGAGUUUGGGGAUUCAGGAGAGAAGAAAUUGCGCAAGAGCAAAAAAAACUGUUUUGAACGCAAGGCGAUUGAAGAGUUUAUCUUAACCUGCCCGAAGCUGGGGCGCUUGGAUCGAAUCCGGAUUGGUCACGAUAACUCCGGGCCCAACGCUGGCUGGUUUCUUGACAAGAUAAUUGUUGACGAUGUACAAGCUAAAACUGUAUACAACUUCCCCUGUCAAAGAUGGCUGGCCAAGGAUGAAGAUGAUGGUGCAAUCACUAGGGAGUUGUAUGUCAAUGUUGGACCACGUGAUAUGUCUAAAGGCUUCCCCUUUGUUGUGACUGUAAAAACUGGCAACAAGAGCAAUGCUGGAACAGAUGCCAGGGUCUAUAUCAUCAUGCAUGGAGGGGACAAGGGGGCAGACACCAGCGGGAAAAUCUGGCUCGACAAUGGGAAAUUUGAACGCAAUGUCACAGAUAUUUUCAACGUUGAUGUUGCCAAAAUGAUCAGCCCGCUGUCCAAGCUUGAGAUAGGUCACGAUGACACAGGGGCUGCUGCCGGCUGGUAUCUGGAAUCUGUUCUGAUCUAUUGCCCCACCACAGGGAUAGAGCAAUACUUCCCCUGCCACCAGUGGCUGGCAACAGAUGAGGGAGAUGGUCUCAUUCAAAGGGUCCUUCUUGAGCAAAAGUCCAUGCGCAAAACUAAAGAAAAACAGAUUACCUGGCAAUGUUGGGUCACCACAAGUGACAUCAAAAAUGCUGGCACUGAUGCCAAUGUUUACAUCUGUAUCUAUGGAGACAAGAGUAAAACAGAUGACAUCCCAUUAGACAACAAGGGGGACAACUUUGAGCAGGGUCAGAUGGACGCUUUCAGAUUUACCACUGUGGAGAUUGGCAAGCCCUACAAGCUUAGGGUGUGGCAUGACAACGCUGGCUCAUUUCCUGGCUGGCAUCUUGACAAGAUUGAGCUGGAGAGCAUGGAAGGAAAGGAAAGAUUUGUUUUUGUGUGUGGACGUUGGCUGGCAGAGGGGGAGGAUGAUAAGAUGACAAUCAGGGAACUGCCUGCUGAGUCCCCCAGCAUCAAGCGACCUUUGCCAUUGGUCAGCUACAUUGUCCAGGUGUAUACUGGCAAUAAGAGUUUUGCUGGGACAGAUGCCAAUGUUUACAUCAACAUAUUUGGGGAGCUGGGGGACACAGGGAACCGCCCACUCAAGUACUCCAAGACCAGUAAAAAUAAAUUUGAGAAAGGAAAGAUGGAUGAGUUUGAAAUUGAGGCGGUUACCUUGCACAAGUUGAAGAAGAUCAGGAUAGGUCAUGAUGGCAAAGGUCCAGGGGCUGGGUGGUUUUUGGAUAAAGUGGUCAUUUUUUGUAAAGAGGAGAAGGAUAAAUUUGGAGAGGUCACUUUUAAUUGUAACCGCUGGCUAGCAGAGGACAAGGAUGACGGCCUCAUUGAAAGAGAGAUAACUGUGGGAGGAACACAAAUGCUCAGCACCACAUCGUACCAUGUGUCAGUCAGGACGGGUGAUAAGAAAGGUGCCGGCACUGACGCCAAUGUUUUCCUGAAAAUUUUUGGCACUCGGGGAGACACAGGCAUCCUGCAGCUGAGACAAUCUGAGAAUUCUAGCAACAAAUUUGAGAAGGGGAAGACAGACCUGUUCAAGCUGGAGGCUGAGGAUAUUGGGAAGAUCAAGAAAAUCAGGAUAGGCCAUGACAAUAGCAAACUUGGAGCUGCUUGGUAUUUAGAGGAAGUUCUCAUCAAAGUGCCUUCAAAGGGAGAGCAUUAUUCAUUUGCUUGUAGAAAGUGGUUGUCUGACAAGGAGCAAACUGAAGUGGAUUUAGAGCCCUUAGUUACUCAAGCUGUUGAAAAAACCAUACCCUAUGAGGUGACCAUAUGGACAGGCACUGAGAAAGGUGCAGGAACUGAUGCCAAUGUUUUCAUCCAGAUGUAUGGAGACAGUGGUAAAACACAAGAAAUUCCCUUAGAUAACAAAUCUGACAAUUUUGAAAAAGGUCAAGUUGACAAGUUCAAGAUUGAAGCUCCAGAUGUAGGGACUUUGCUCAAGGUGCGCAUUGGUCACGAUGGUGCUGGCAUGAUGUCAGGAUGGUUUCUGGAAAAGAUGUUGAUACAGAGAGAAGCAUCCCAUAAAAAAUCACUCAAGCGUAAGUUGUCUGAGCAGGACAGACGAAAGUCCAUCCUUCGUUCUGAUGAAGAUUCUGAGAGCCCCUCAUCACCUGGCCGACGGCGCAGUAAUUUUAAAGGGUCAAGGUCUCAACUAGAAGUUCUGGAGGAGGAGGAUGAACAUGCAGACACAGAAGAUUAUUGGUUCUUUGUUAACAAGUGGUUCUCAAAGAGUGAUGGGGACAAACUCAUUGUAAGGGAGCUAAUACCAACAGAUGAGAAGGGGAGGCCACUCAAAGGGGCUCUAGAAGAUGAGUCUGAGGAAGACAAGCUGGAAUAUGUGGUCAAGGUGCGGACAGGUGAUGUCAGGUUUGCUGGCACAGAUGCCAAUGUUUACCUGACAAUUUACGGGGCCAACGGUGACACAGGUGAGAGAUAUCUGGAACAGUCUAAAACAAACAUCAACAAAUUUGAGCAGAAUCAAGAGGAUAUUUUCACAAUUAAAGCGGUUGACCUUGGCAUCUUAAACAAGGUGAAUAUCCGUCAUGACAACAAGGGUGGCGGUGCUGACUGGUUUCUGGACUCAGUUGAAGUGGAGGACACUAAAAAUAAAAAGAGCUAUUUUUUCCCCUGCCAGCGCUGGUUGGCUGUAUCUAAAGAUGACGGUCAGCUGUCCAGAGAUCUGAUGCCAGUUGACCAGGCAUUAAAGAGAAAAUUAUCCAAGAAGGAUUCAAAGACAAAUAUUAGAGAUGAGAUUGGCUUGGAGGUCAAAGCUGCCCUUACCACUUACCAUGUCAAGGUUUUCACUGGGGACAAAUUUGGUGCAGGAACUGAUGCCAAUGUUUAUGUCAUUUUGUUUGGUGACAAGGACAGCUCCAACAAAUUGUUCCUGAAAUCUUCAAUGAACAACAAAAACAAAUUUGAGAGGAACCAGAUGGAUGAGUUUAUUUUGGAGCUGGCCAACAUUGGAGAAUUAAAAAAAAUAAAGAUUGGACAUGACAAUGCAGGAGGUGGUGGAGCCUGGUUUCUUGAUAAAGUCCUCAUCGAUGCGCCUUCUCUUGGACGAGCCUGGCUAUUUCCCUGUGGCCGCUGGCUGUCUGAUUCUGAUGAUGACCGCAUGAUUGAGAGGGAGCUGUUUCCACAGGAACUGGCCACAGAGGAGUACAAGCCAUGUAUUCCAUAUGAGAUCACAACAUACACAAGCAACAUAUCAGGCGCUGGGACUGAUGCUAUGGUGCACAUAGCCUUGUAUGGCAAGGAAGUUGCCACACAGCAGAAAGAUCUGUGUAGCAACAAGCGGGAGUGUAAGGCAAAGUUCAACAAGGGUUCAGUGGACAAGUUCAUUGUAGAGCUAGAGGAUGUUGGAGAUACCAUAGAGAAACUUCGUAUUGGCCAUGAUGAUUCAGGUUUUGGUGCAGCAUGGCAUUUAGACAAGGUUGAGGUCAGGCGCUUGCAUGACACUGGCAAGGGUUCCAUCACAUACACCUUCCCCUGUGGCAGGUGGCUGGCCAAAAACCAAGAGGAUGGGGCCAUAGAGAGAGAGCUGGUCCCAGAGAAGGCUGUACAGGAGCUUGUGGGCAGGGAUGGGGAGACCAAGGCCAAAGAGUUGAAAAUAAAGGAAAAACUAGAAGCCAAAAAAUACACCGUGGAAGUUUACACAGGAGACGUGUCAGGUGGAGGGACAGAUGCCAAUGUGUUCCUCACCAUGUUUGGUGACAAGGGGGACAGUGGGGAGAGACAACUGAGAAACUCUGAGACCAACAGAGACAAGUUUGAACGGAAACAGAUGGACAGAUUUAUUGUUGAAGCUGUUGACCUUGGGAACCUGUACAAAAUAAAAAUCCGCCAUGACAACUCCAUGAUAAGCCCAGCUUGGUUUCUGGACAGAGUGGAAGUCAUUGAUGGCAAAGAUAAAUAUGUUUUCCAUUGUGAAAGAUGGUUGGCAAAGAACAAAGAUGAUGGUAAAAUAGAAAGAACUUUAUAUGUCAAGGGUUAUGAUGGGGAUAUGUCCAGCACAGGGACACUCAAAUCUACAAGAUUCGGAGGAUCUGUUGCUAGUCUAGAAUCUAUGAGAACCACUGAUGGCUUCUCUAAAAGUCCAAGAGUCACCCGGAAACAGCUAGAGACUUUGAAGGAGGAUGAUUUUAAGGGACCAACCAUUCCAUACACCAUCAAAGUCUUAACUGGUGAUGGGAGUGACAAUGGCACUAGCAGUAAUGUCUGGGUGCAAAUCUUUGGUCUCAAGAAGAAAAAAACUGGUCAGUUAUUUUUGGAGCUUGCCCAGAAGGACAGUUUUGCUCCAGGAUCAACAGAGACUUUUUCACUGGAGGCAGCAGAUGUGGAGGAGGUUAAAAGGGUGGAAGUUGGUCAUGAUGGCAUUACCCCAGGCAGCGGAUGGUUUUUGAAAGAGUUGGAUGUGAAUCUGCCCACUAAAGGCAAACACUACCAUUUUGAAUGCAGGCAGUGGCUGGCUGUGGACAAGGGGGACGGAAAAGUUUCAAGAAUAUUUAGUGUUGAGGAUGGCAAAAGUUCCAUUACUUCAUUUAAACCUAUGGUGUCCUAUGAAGUAACUGUAACUACUGGAGAUGUUGCUGAUGCAGGCACAGACAUGAAGAUAUUAAUGACAGUGUUUGGUUUAAAGGGGACAUCUUCAGUCAUAGAGUUUGAAAAAGGAGAAGAUAGAUUUGAGCGAGCAAAGACAAACCUCAUCAAGAUGGAAAUUGAUGAUGUUGCCCCAAUAAAGAAAAUCAGACUUGAAUUAGCUGGUAAAGGAAGUCGGCCAUGUUGGUUUUUAGAAAAGUUGGAGUUGAGGAACAUGGAAACAGGUGUUUUGUCUGUAUUCAAACACAAUGGUUGGAUCGGUACAGGCAAAGAUGGUGCCAAAAACCCAGUAGACAUCCCAGCUACUGAGAGAGGCAAAGCUGUCCUUGAUAAAACCUCAUACAAGGUGUCCGUGAAGACAUCAGAUGUGAGUGGUGCUGGGACAGAUGCCAAUGUUUACAUGAUCAUGUUUGGGGCUCUUGGAGACUCCGGAGAACUGCACCUGAAAGAUUCCAAUCAAAGCAAACCCUUCAAGAAGGGGCAGCUGGACAGCUUUGUUUUUAAAGAGAUUUUAACUUUAGGUGAACUACACAAAGUUCGGGUCUGGCAUGAUAACAAAGGUCUGGGUGCUGCCUGGCAUCUCUCUCAGAUUGAGGUGGAGGAUCAAACAACCAACAAAGUCUACACUUUUAUCUGCGACAAGUGGCUGUCAACUAAAGAUGACGACAAGCAGAUCAUACGAGAGUUGACCUGUCAUGGCACUGGCAAGCCUGACUCAGCCCGCAGCAGUGGUAAAGACAAGACAGUGUUUGAAAUAGAAGUGACAACAACUGACAAGCAAGAAGGGGGUACAAUCCACAAUGGCUGGCUAGUCCUUGAAGGGAAACUUGGCACCUCAAAAGUCUUUAGGCUAGAGAACAAUGCACACAACAAGAUACUCCGCAAGGGAACUACCAAUAAUUUUUCUAUGCCGUCAAAGAAUCUGGGUCAGCUUCAGAAGUGCAUUGUUGGAGCUUACGAGCGAGAAGACAGACCACUGGACGAUGCAGAAGGGAGAGCAGCCAUGUGGCACUGCCAUGAAAUAGUUGUUACUGACACAUCCACUGGCAUUAGAUAUGUUUUCCCGUGCAAGCAGUGGAUCAACAUCCAUAAGAACAUUACAAAAUCUGCUGGACAGGUGCUGACACCCCAGAAAGUAGAAGAGACUCAAGUCAGUUUAACACGUAGUCUGGCACCAGUCAAGUAUGAAGUGGUUGUUGUCACUGGCGAUGAGAAGGGGGCAGGGACCAAUGCUAACGUGUCUAUCACCAUCUUUGGCAGUAAUGGCAACACAGGCAAACGACCUCUGACUAAACCACUGAAAAAUCUGUUUGAGAAAAAUCAGACUGAUAAGUUUCAGCUAGAGGCUUUGGACUUGGGUGAGCUGACCAAGGUAAAGAUUGAACAUGACAACAGUGGCUUCAGACCUGCCUGGUACCUGGACAGAGUUGAAGUGGUCAACAUGGCCACCAAUAAAAUCUCCGUGUUCCCAUGCAACAAGUGGCUGGCCAAGGACAAGGGUGACGGGGAACUUGCCAGAGAGUUGUAUGUCAAGAAUGACUAGUUUGACUGAUUCAAUUUGAGAGGAUCAAUUUUACUGCUAGAGUGCAACUGACAACAUAAAAUGUGAUUGCCUAGAUUAAAUUCAUAGGCUUUGACUAAGUUAGACUGCUGAAUACACCUGGGAUUUUGUUACAUUUUUAUGCCAGUGGCCCACAUGUUUGGUGGAAAUGCUGACACAGAUAAAUCCAAUUGUUUUCUAAAUACUUACUUAUUUUGUAUGCUUAGAUUGGAAUCAGGCAUAUUUAUUAACUCUCCAAUUUAUUGAUAUUGAUCUCUAAGAAACUAUUAAUUGUUCCAGCUUUAGAAUAUUUGUUGUUUUAAACUAUUAAGACAUAUGAUUGUUUGUAUCAUUAUGUUGUUAUUCAUUUUUUAACGACCAACUGCCUUUGGAUGUGAGUACUAUUUUAUUUUUGUGAAUGCUCAAUGUUUGGACCAUGACGUAACUAGUCGUAUUUUUUCUUGUCUCACAUCCAAGCAGCUCUCUGCUACACAUUACUUACAAAUUGAGUUAUGGUGAAAUCAUCUUUUAUUGAUUGAUGGUACAAAUGAAAGUCUGUGAUUUGUGUUAGUCUAUGAUUUAAGGUGUUGAUGGUACACCCCCUCAUAGUUUACCUCAGGAAAGACCUUACCCUUCAUGGGUUAUUUUUAAAAAUUUCUUGUGUUUUAUGCCAACCCUUUCUUGUUUAAGCCUUAUUGCUAUUUAUUUUUAUAGGUUAUUUAUUCUCUUUUUACUUAGCAUUGCCUUCAUUUUAUUUACUGUUGCCAGAUAUUCCAUUAUUGCUGUACAUGAUUAAUUUUAAUACAAUGUCAACUGCAGCUGUUUAUACUGGGUUUUUUUUCUGUAAUUUGAUAAUUUAUAUUUAAUUGUAUGAAGCCUAUGAACCAAGUCUGAUCUAGACAUGAAGCUAAUGUUGCUGUUCACUUCUUCUGUGUGUAUGAUUGUGUAAGCUUCAGAUGUAAAUAAAGGACAAUCAUCACACUCAUGAAAAAAUUGUCUGGGUUAGCAAAUGUAUCAAUUGUCUGAAAACAUAAGGACCAAAUUGUGAACUGUUACCAUUUUUUUUACCACCAGUGAAUUUUUAACUUUUAUAACAAGCAAAUACUGAUCCUUAAAAUUGUUCAAGAAGAUUCCCAUGUUAGAUGUCCACUAUUGAAAGUUUGUAUAAAAUGUCACCUAAAUAUGUCUGUCCAGUUUCAAGUGUUUAUUGGCCAACUAUUUCUUGUAAUGGGGUCUACCUAUUCAUUCAAUACUAAGUGCCAAACUUAUAACAUUGUAGGUUGGGGACUUGUUGUGAUUUCAUUUAUAGAAACAAAUGAGGUAUCAAAAGUAUCAUAUAAGACUGUAUAGUUUCCAUCCAAAACAUGUGUAAACACAAAUUGCUGGCUUGACUUUUUUUCAAAAAUGAUUGCACAUCUUUUGUCUAAUUGGAUGUAAAUUUGUUGCAUCUAAGCUCAUUUUUUUUUAGAUAUUUUCUCUUCUUCACCUGUCACUUAUGUGUCCAUUUACACCCAUUUUAUUCAUGUAUGUUGUAUGACAACCUUAUAGCACUCAGCAAUAUGUUGAAACAUUUAUCUAUUAAUCUGUUAGAAUGCCUUAUUUAAUGAUGAUAUUUACAAAUACAUUUUAAAACA